ACAGGGCUGGAUAAGGAUGAAACAACAAUAACUUUCGAAAAUCAUUAAACCAAUUUUUCGUCUACAGUUUCGUGAAAUCAGUGGUGCAAGUGUUAACUUUGAAAAAAGAAAUGGCUACUCUGGCGAAAUUUUUCGAAAAUUACCUCAAGGAAAUGGGAGAUCCCCGAGUGGAGAACUGGCCGCUGAUGAAAUCGCCGGGCGGCACUCUGGCCAUAAUAGGCGCUUAUCUGGCUCUGGUCUACGUGGUGCUGCCCGCCUACAUGAAGGACCGCAAACCCUACAGCCUGAAGACCGUCAUCUACUACUACAACUUAUUCCAGAUUGCGGCGUGUUCCGUCCUCAUUUACGGGAUUUCAACCUCAGGAUGGACAACAGAAUACUCCUUCGCCUGCCAACCGGUGGACUACUCGGAACGACCCAUUGCGGUGAGAAUGCUCACCUACGUCUACUACACCUUCCUGCUGAAGCUGAUCGAACUGGUUGAAACAAUAUUUUUCUUGUUGCGCAAGAAAAACAAUCAAGUUUCCAACCUGCACGUGUACCACCACAGUUCGACCGCCGCCCUGGCUUGGAUCGCCACCAAAUUCAUUGGAGGUGGAAUGACGACGUUCGCCAUCAUUUUGAAUUCCUUCAUUCACAUUCUGAUGUACUCCUACUACUGGUUGUCGGCCCUUGGACCGCAUUGGCAGAAGAAACUGGCCAAGUGGAAGCCCAGGCUCACUAUGGCCCAAAUGAUUCAGUUUUGUAUUUUGAUCGUGCACUCGUUGAGUGCGUUGCAACCUAGUUGUACUGCCAAUAAGAAAAUUUUGCUGCUCUAUUUGCCAAACGUUGUACUGAUCUUUUACAUGUUUUGGAACUUUUACAAAGUCAACUAUUUGAAAAUGAAGAGGAAGUCCGUCUAAACCAUCUUUAGUUUGUAUAUAUCGUAUAUUGUGAUUAUAAUUAUUUAUUGAUUUUUCCAAUAAAAUUUAUGUUAAGUUAUAA